ACAAGCAACAUAAGCUUUUUUAAUCCGUUCCCUUCAAGUUUGUUAUAAAUUGUAAGCCACAGCAAAAAUUAAUAUGUCGACUGUUUUGAUACAAAAGUUGUGUAGUACGCUUUGGUCACCAGGAUCACUAAGCCGCUUUGCGCAGCACAUGAGCCAUGUUUCCCACCAGGUGAGCUAUAUAGCCAGCGAGGAGCAGCGGGUAUACGAGGAGCCCCACGUGAUCUUCCAGAACUGGCUCUUGACCGCCCAGAAGGAGGCGCCUCAGGUGCGGCCUCGACUAGCCUGCAUGGCCACGGUGGACAAGUCUGGUGAGCCUGUGACCCGCCUGACCAACAUAGAGGAGGUCAAUGCCAAUGGAAUCACCUUCUUCACGACCCUGGGCAGUCGGCAGGCGGGCGAGAUUAGCGCCAAUCCGCACGUGUCGCUACAUUUCAACUGGGCGCCGCUCAUGCGCAGUGUCCGCAUAGCAGGAUCUGCUCAACAGCUAACGGAGGAGCAGACUCGGGAGCAGUUCCGACGAUUCCCGCGCCACAUCCAGAUGAGCAUCACCCAUGGACCACGAUUCGCUGCGGCCGACUGGCAAUCCCGAUCUGGGUUCUUUGCGCGGAUCGGAGAGCGCUUGAACACCUGGCUUGGCAAGGAACCGGAGCAGAUACACAUGCCGCACAACUGGGGAGGCUUUCUUCUUACGCCAAGCCUUUUUGAAUUUGGAAUGCUCAGCGGAGAGAAGGCCGGUAGGACUCGGGUGCGAUUUCGUCGUUGUCUUGAAAUGCCAAGGGGCACAAGAGUUGGAACCGUUCAAGCUGAAAGGCAGGACUGGGUCUAUGAUUCCUGUGAGGAAAAUUGAUAUGGAAAUACUCAAGUAUCCAAUUUGGCUUUAAGUCUUUCUGUGUAUUAAACCUGGUAGUCACCUUAUCAUCUUUAUGACCACCGCGGGUAGCGUACGUUAUUCCCUUACUGCUAAAUCUUAAGUCAAAUAAAUUUAUUAGUAUCAACUAGCAUUAUUUAAUAA